AUGGGGAAGCUCUUCCUCCCAGUGAAGCGCAAUGUGCCCCCGGCCUCGAUUUUGGGGAUUCUUGAGAGGUUUGGAGAUGGAUUUAUCGUCCAGGAGGAGCUGCGAGAUCGGGCGGAGGCCCGGCCACUCGAGCAGCGCCUCCAGCUUCUCAAGGACACGCUCCGGAUCAAGAGAACAGUGGCUCUGCUCGAGCGAUGGGAGCUUCAAGCGCUGGAUCCUCUGCUGUAUCGCGCGUUCAUGAGGCUGUGCGCCAGAUCAAAGGCGCUGGAGGAGGGCCAGCGGAUUCACGCGCAUCUAGCUUCUCGCGGCUACUCUGGUCACCGAUUCCUGGCCAGCGAGCUCGUGAUCAUGUAUGGGAGAUGCGAGCGCCUGGAUCUUGCGAAGAUCGCUUUCGAGAGCAUCAAGGAUCCCGACACGUGGUCCUACAAUUGCUUGCUCGCGGCGCUGACGAGCAACGGGCAUCUCCACCCGGCGAUCGAGCUGUUCGAGCGCAUUCCAGAUCGGGAUAUUGUCUCUUGGAACACCAUGCUCCAGGCGUUCGUGAGGCUAGGGUUCUUCCAAGAAGCGCGGGAUCUCUUCCUCGAGAUGCCGGACCGCAAUGCCGUGUCAUGGACGAUCAUGCUCACGGUGUACGCGCGGAACCAGCGGUUUGACGAAGCCAUGGAGUUCCUGGAUGCGAUGCCGGAUAGGAAUGCCGUGUCUUGGAAUGUGAUGAUCGCGGCUUUCGGCCACAGCGGCGAUGGGAAUCUCGACAUGCCGAUUGAGAUUUUCAGGAUGAUGCUGCUCGAUGGAGUUCCUCCAAUGAUCGGUACGUUCGUCACGAUUUUCGGUGUUCUUGGAUUGCUGAUGGAUGUGAAGCUUGGCAGCGAGAUCCAUGGUCUUAUUCUUGAGAGGGGCCUCGGCGCCAACCUCCAUGUCAUGAACGCGGUGCUUAGAAUGUACACGGCGUGCCAGAGCUUGGAAGAUUGCGAGAGAACGCUGGAAUCUAUGGAAGCCAGGGACACGGUAACUUGGAGCUUGAUGAUCACUGCUUACUCCCGCGAUGGAGAUAUUGGCAGAGCUGUGAGAGUGUUCCAGGAGAUGGUGUCUAGAGACGAGAUUGCAGUGAGCUCCAUGGUCGUGGCGUAUGCCCAGCACGGGUAUCUGGAUCAAGCCCGGAUUCUCUUUGAGGAUUUGCCAGAGAAAGAACACCAAGUGAGCGGUGAGUUGAUCAGAGCCUAUGGUGCUACUGGUGAUCUCGUUGGUGCUGAGGCCUUGUUUGAUUCUUUGCAGCAUCGCGACGAGCGCUCCUGGAACUCUAUGGUUUUUGCGUAUGCUCGGUGCGGGCAUGCUGGAGAUGGCAUCACUUUCCUCGCCGCGAUGGUGCUCGAAGGAUUCCAGCCCAGCGACGAAGCUCUCACUGCGAUUUUCCGAGCGUGCUCCAACAGCGCGGAAGGAUUCUCUCGAGGCAGAAGCUCUCGGGAUGUUCUCGGCGCAGGGAAGUCUUGCGGAGACGUGCUGGGUGUUUUCGGAGAUGAGUGCUCGAAGCACUGCUGCCUGGAACAUUAUCAUCGCCAGGGAGGGAUUUUUACCCGACGAUUCAACGUUUCUCAGCGUUCUUCCGCGGAAAAGUCCCGAAGAGUGUGGAAAAAUCCUUGCCUUGAUGGUCGAGAGCUUUAACAUCGAGCCAAGGCUGGAACACUACGCUUGUCUUGCGGACUCGCUACGAUAUGCCGG